CGAGAAUGGAUGCUCAUCCGCGGGGUUGAACUUUGCAAUGUAUCCCCGUACUGUUCCUCGGCCACUCCGCCCGCAUCCGAAUCAAAGUCAUUCCACGGCCGCUUAACGCCGUACUUUGAUGGGGCCGAGCGGGGAAGCCAUCCAGGUUGAUUUCAAAGCCCCGCGGUCUCGUCUUCCGUACCAAACAUACAAUCCUAUAUAGAUCGGUUGUCUCUCUCUCUCUCUCACGAGACGUUUUGCCAUAUCUAACCACACUCGAGUACAUCACGACGUACCUUGCUCAAGCAAAUAAGCUCCACGCAUUCUUUUUUAGAUAGUCAACGUCCACAGCAAACACAGCCCAUCAUGAGCAAGCACGUCCUCAUCCUCGGCGGCCACGGCAAGGUCUCUCAACACCUAACCCCCAUCCUCCUCCAAAAGUCCUGGACCGUAACCUCCAUAAUCCGCGCCCAAGACCAAGUCCCCGCCAUCGAGAAGCUCGGCGCCGGCCAGUCAUCAGGCAAACUCAACGUCCUCGUCCGCAGCAUCGAAGACGUAACCACCCAACAAAAAGCCCAAGACAUCCUAAACGAAGUCAAGCCCGACACAAUCUUCUGGUCCGCCGGCGCAGGCGGCAAAGGCGACCCCUCCCGCACCUUCACCAUUGACCGCGACGCCGCAAUCCACUUCAUCAAUGCCGCCGUCGCCACACCCUCCAUUAAGAAAUUCAUCCUCGUGUCCUACCUCAGCUCCCGCAAGACGAAACCAACCUGGUGGUCUGAUAAAGCCUGGCAGGACGCCCUCGACGGCAACAAGAAGCUGUACAACUACUCCCUCGCCAAGAUCGCCGCCGACGAGGCCCUCUGGCAGGAAUCCCAAAAGAGAACCGAUGGAUUUGCGGGAAUCAGUCUGAGACCUGGUUUGCUGACCGAGGAGCCUGCGGGCAAGAUUGAGUUUGGAAAGACAAAGGAGGCAAAGGGCACUUCGAGUCGACAGACCGUCGCCGAGGUCGCCGCGCUCAUUGCCGAGAAUGACAGCUUCACGACAUCGUGGGUAGACUUGCUGGACGGCGACGAAGACCCCAAGACUGCCGUUGACAGAGUUGCAAAGGAAAAGGUGGACGUCGCCGUGGGCGAGGAAUUCUACAAGGCUUAAAAAAGCAUAUCCACGCUUUGGAAAUUUGUCAUUAAUAGCUCUUUCAUAAUACAGCGAAUCUUGUUUCUCAUCAUGUCAUCAGAGCAAUGUGCUUGAGCUCCCUAUCAUCGUUUGUUAGCGUCAAGAC